GUAGACAGUAAUACAAUCUUGACUUUUCAAUUGACUCUUCACUUCCAUCUGUUUGUCUUUCUGGUAUAAUCAGCACUGUUAUUCCUCUCUUCUCAAGCACAAUGGCUUCUUCAUCAGCUCGCAGUUUCCCCUCCAUCAAAGCUAUCCGAACUUUUGUUGUGGAUGGCGUUGGAUCCGGAGGAGAUUAUCACAAUGUUAAAGGUGGCCAUUGGCUCAUCGAUACACCCAUUUCCACGCCUAUGUCAAGAUGGGAAAACUACAGGGCUUCAAGAACUAGUUGGGGUAUCAAUGUGCUAGGCUCAUUCUGCGUUGAGAUUGAAGGUUCAGAUGGCACAAUUGGAUUUGCUACAGGAUUUGGAGGUCCACCAGCAUGUUGGUUAGUUCACCAACAUUUCGAAAGAUUCCUUAUCGGUGCCGAUCCAAGAGAUACCAAUCAUCUCUUCGAACAAAUGUACAGAGGUUCAAUGUUUUAUGGUCGAAAGGGUCUUCCAGUUGCUGUCAUCUCAGUUAUUGAUUUGGCGAUUUGGGAUUUACUCGGAAAGAUCAGAGGAGAGCCAGUAUACAAGUUGAUUGGAGGAGCUACAAGGGAUAGGCUAGACUUUUACUGCACAGGACCAGAACCUACUGCCGCAAAGGCCAUGGGUUUCUGGGGUGCUAAAGUUCCAUUGCCAUAUUGUCCAGAAGAGGGUCACAAGGGACUCCAAAAGAACGUUGAAUUCCUCAGAAAGCAUAGAGAAAGUGUGGGCCCUGAUUUCCCACUUAUGGUCGAUUGUUACAUGAGUCUCAACGUUUCUUACACGAUUCAGAUUGCUGCAGCUUGCAAAGAUUUAAAUAUCAAUUGGUGGGAAGAGUGUUUAUCUCCAGAUGACACUGAUGGCUUUGCACAAAUCAAACAAGCUCACCCACAACUCAAGUUCACCACGGGUGAGCAUGAAUACUCGAGAUAUGGAUUUAGAAAACUUAUCGAAGGUCGAAAUCUCGAUAUCAUUCAACCCGAUGUUAUGUGGCUUGGAGGAAUGACGGAGUUGCUCAAAGUUGCAGCAAUGGCGGCCGCUUAUGACAUUCCAGUGGUACCACAUGCAAGUGGACCUUACAGUUAUCAUUUUGUGGUUUCACAAACAAAUUGUCCAUUCCAAGAAUACCUUGCAAACUCACCAGAUGGAAAGAGUGUCCUGCCUGUCUUCGGAGAUUUAUUCUUGGAUGAGCCAAUUCCAGUGAAAGGAUACCUGGACGUUUCACAACUCGACAAGCCAGGUUUUGGUUUAACCCUUAACCCAGCUGCACGACUCAUUCCCGCACAAUACCUCUUAACACCAAACCCAGAGAGACCUCUUGGUCAACCAGCAGUUGAGCAAAAAAAGUCUGAAGGUCAAGGUGUUGUGAAUGGAGUGGUGGAAGGCAUCAAGAACUUGUCAAGUUCAUAGUUUGAAUCGUAGCCAAUUUGUUUUAUUAGCCUUUUAAUUUAUUUAUACAAUACAAUGCAAUGCAAUGUUAUCUAUUUCCA